AAAAAGCCAGAGUUAUGAUAGUUUUAGACAGAGUCAGGAGGAGAAAGCAGCCGUCUGUCUGUCGGAUCUAAACAGUAAAGGUAAACUGGGCAGGUGUGCAAGGUGGGAAAUAAGAGAAGGAGCUGCGGGAAAAUUUGAUCUGCGAACAGGUUGGAAACUCAAGCAUCCUUCGGCGCACCACCCAGGCAUAUAUAAGUGUGAGGUAGCUGUCAGCGGUAUACCACAAAGCCUUAUCUAGUGCUGCUACUGCUGCUUCGGACCCUGGACCGAGAAGAACCAACAGCGGACCAUCAUGUCACUCACCUCCAUCCUGUCAGCUGAGGCUAUUGAGAAGGCCGUCAAGGAGUGUCAAGAUCCAGGCUCAUUCUGCCACAAGAAGUUCUUCCAAGCCUGUGGCCUGUCCUCAAAGAAACCUGAGGAGGUGAACGAGGUCUUCAAGAUCCUUGAUGAUGAUAACAGUGGCAACAUUGAGGAGUCUGAGCUCAAGUCCUUUCUGCAGUGGUUUGUCCCCGGGGCACGGACACUGACCGAGGCAGAAAUCAAGAGCAUCCUCACAGCAGCUGAUGAUGACAGUGAUGGCAAAAUUGGACCAGAGGAAUUCAGGAAAAUGGUCCUGUCCUGAGUUUGGCAAACACAGGAACAAGAGCUUCAGGUCUUCAAUCCUCAACCCCACCUCUGGAGUCUUCUGAUCCCAGCCUUUACUCCCAGGGAUUUCUUUUGUUUUUCUACUUCUUUGUGUGUUGAUUGUUUUUAAAUGAUCCUUUGUCCAUUUAAAGACAGCAGCUUUUAUUUGUCUUGUCACUAUGUUGUCCCAUGCUUUUCUGUCUGUGCACACUCCAUCUCUGACCAUGAAUUAGAUGAAUAAACAUGUGCAAACAUAAAACCCU